UUUCUCUCUCAAAGCCCCUCUAUAUGAUAUAUGGAUUACAAUGACCUUUACCACACCUUCCUUGAUGCCCUAGCCUCUUUGAAGGAGUUGGAUGACGAAAAGGUAAAACCUCAGGCCUCCAACUAUGAGGACGUUGUCCGCUCUACGGUACAAAAGUUUAGCCAGUGCCUGCGGAUGACCGACGCCCUCGGCCUGUUUUCACCCAACGAGGAAGUCGAAGAUGUUCAGACUCAUUUGCUGAAAUAUAUCUUAAUCCCGUAUUAUCUCGCGCAGACGUAUCAGAAAGUGGUCCGCCUCGAGUCUCGCCUCUCCGCCCUGAAGGCAUCUAAGGAGCUCUUUUUAAAUUUUCUCGAAAACUGUACCAAUCUUGGCUUGACCACCAAAAAAGAGGUUGAGAUCUACACAUGCAAGAAGAGUCUAACGCCUGCCGAGCUACGUGCGGAAAAAAUAGAGCGGAGCCGGGCCAAAGCGACGCUAGAAUCUCAGCUCGAGUUUAUCAAAGUCCGCUACUCGCUGGCUCCUUUUUCCGAGACUCGCCCUGUGCAAACCGAAGAAGAGGAUAACUUUCACGAAAACGAGCGCGAGUACUACGUAAGGUUGAUCGAGUUGUGCAUCAAACUCGCGUUAGACGAGCUUUCAAUUUUGGACCGGGAAAUCGGGAUUUUGGAGCACAUGGCUGCCGGCAGCGGGGACGAGAAAAAGCUGGGUUCACGCGAUUCUGCUGGUUCUACGUGGCAGGGCAUCAUGACUCCAGAAGGACCCAUCAAGACCUUCGUCAUUGACAAGAGACUGCAAAUUCGAAAGGCAGUCUUCAAGCCUCACUGGACGCAGCCCACAAUGUCCGUCGAGGAAGCGGGUGAAAUCGAAUACAAUAUCGCGCAGGCACAAGCCAAGCGGCAGGCAGAGCUCGCCAAGAAAAACCGGGAAGGCGAAGACGAGGAAGCCGCAGAUCUCAAGGCGCGAGAGUGGGACGACUGGAAAGACGAGCACCCAAAGGGAUCUGGCAACACGGGCAGCAAGGGCUACGUCUACUGAUUCCAACACUACCCGUCUAGUCGCAAAUCCACAUAGAGUGAAGUGGUACAUCGGCCCGUUGCACCUGUGCACAAUUAUCAGAAAAAAAUAUUAUUUUUUUAUCAUUGUAACAAGCUGUUCUUGUGCUAUUUUAAGAAUUGUG